UGUGUGAUGUUUCCUGCGGGCCCUGAAGGCAGCAGAGCCUGGGGGCGGGGCGUGUGAGUCAUGACUCUGGUGAUCCGACACUCAGCGGCUGAACCGCAGACAGCAGCGGCAGCAGCAGCGACUCUCCCCGCCUCAAAAACACUCAUCAAACCGGCCAAAAUGUCUCCGCCGCCGCCGUGACUGAACUCCCGGCGGCUGCGCGGGCUCCAUGGUCUUUUUCCCGGGGAUGCAAACCCAGGCGCGCGGCGUCAAUCCGGGACAGCUGCUGGAGAUGUUUGACUCGUCGUGGAAAGUGCGGAGCAUUUGGGACGGGGUGAGGCUGGAGGUGGUGGAGGACCCGAGCCCGGUGGUCCUGCACAGCCUCACGCACCUGGACCCGGACCUGCCGCUGCUGGAGGUGAGCAGGAGGAGGCCGGGGCACGAGGCAGGGCCGAGGCGGGAGGAGGGUGAGGGAGAAGCGGGGAUGAGAGGCGGCUGAGUCCGUUAGCUGGUGCGGUUUGUUGAGGUUUGGAGGAUGUUCAAGACCGGUUUGGUCGGGGGUCCUCGGUUGGUCCUGAGCUGGUCCUGAGCUGAUAAUUAAGUAAUCAAUGUUAGGAAUAAAACAAGUUUGAUUUAAGGCCAGUUACAACCAAGUAGCCUAACAUACUUUUUAUUUUUAUUUUUUUUUCUAGAAAUGUUAGGGACUGUUCUUUAUUUAUCAGAGUAGAGGUGUGGCCCAGUGUGACUUUGUUUUUUUUUAAAACAACGUCUCUUUUUCCUUGAGCCUGCAUGAGUGAUUUUGGAAAAAAGUGCCAUUCAUGCUGGUUAGUUCAUACAAACUUUUAAAUUUGUUUUUCU